AUAGGUAGUGGGGGUACUACCUACUAAGGUAGUUUAUUAGUAGCUUAACAAAUGUAUUAGUUUUUAUACUUAGCCUGCCCAGCGGUGACAAUAAAUUUCAUUUUUAAUGCGUUUUGAUUAAUUAGAGCCAUUACAUGAUAGUGCUCUAAAUUGUCAUUAUCGAUUUUAAAGAAAUUUCAGGUUGCAAGUGAAAAUUUAAUACAUUGAAAAUUCUCUUCGAUUUCAAAAUUUUUUAAAAUUUUGUCCGUUUGCGAAGUGAAGUGUGAAUUUUAAUUUUUUGUUCAGUGGUGUAAACAUCUGUCAAUAUAUUAUCUCACUGGAAAAAAUAUAAAAAAUAUGAUCAGAAGUUAUGAAAAGAACAAGUUUAUUCCAGAAAACUUUGUGUUUUCAUUGAGAUAUUUGUAGAAAGAGAAUACUGUAAAGCAUCUGGUUACAGGAAUAAGUAUCAUGUUAGCUAUAGUAUCUUCAAGUCAUCGCAAUGAGCCUGACACUCUUCUUAGUCAGUGUUUUAAAUAUGUUGUUAGGAACUUAGAUUCAGUGUUUUAUCAAGAUCCUGCUACAAAUGGAUAUGAGUUGAUGCCUGGCCAAGCUCUUCCUAGAGAGAUAUGUGAAGCUCUGAUAAAGGAAUAUCAACUUAAUGGAUUUCAAGUCAAUGAUAAGUUUAUUCGACUGUUCAAAAAUACCAACAAUACAAGUCUUCGCCAUGUGAGAAUACGUAACUCCGCAAUAACUGAUGAUGGGUUCAAAACCAUUCUUAAACACCAUCUGGUUGAAUUGGAUAUCUCAAAAUGCCAAAUGAUUACAGAUCAGUCACUUCAUACUCUAAAUGAAUACAGUGACAGAUUAGUUUCUCUUGUUGUUGGUAAUGGUGUGCAACUUCUGCCAGAGUCGUUGCUCUAUACAGCUCAAAAUCAUAGUUGGUCAAAUCAGACUACUACUCCGCAGUCAUUUGAAGAUAGAGGAUUCAUCUUGAGAGCCCCCAAUUUACGUCGCCUUACGAUUCGUAACAUAUACAUCCACAGAGAGAAGAAAUACUUCCCUUUGCUUCUCAAUUCAUUUCCUAAUCUUACUGUGUUAGAUCUUUCAGGAUGUAGUGAUGUUGAAAAUUUGGAGUAUAUUACUAAACUUACCAACUUAAUAUCUCUUACCUUACACAAUGUGUACAAAAUUCAAGAUUCGUUGCCGUACAUAUGCCAGUUAAAGAAGCUUGUGCAUUUGGACAUCUCGCAAUCCAAUGAAAAAAUGGGUUUGUAUCAGAAGGAGAAUGAAGCUCUUGAAUACAUCGUUACAAACCUACCAUGUCUUGAGGCUUUGGAUAUUUCGGGUACUAACUUGGCCGGAACAGGUGUUGCCGAACAGAAGUUGGGUGGCACUACAGUUGGUACCGACAUUCCUGGCCUAGUCUCAAGGGUCAACAGGCCACUUGAGUUCUUAGGACUUUACGGUACCAGCCAUGGAGCUUGCCGCAGACAUGAUAUACCAGCCAAAAGGAUAUCAGGAGAUGCCAAUGAAAAACAAAUAUUAAUCGCUGCUGCUUCUUACCUGGAAAGACCUGAUAUACUACAGAGGGUUCUCAAUGACCUCUAUCAGCUGUUCAGGUACGAGAGCUGCCAAAAUAUCAAGAUGGCACUUGCAGUAGUUCUGGAAGCAAUGGACCGGCAUUUGACGACAAAGCAUAUUCAGAUCUCUGGAAGUGCAACAUUAUUUUACAUAGUUAAGAACAAGGACAUACCAAUAAUGUUGAGUUGUCGUAUAAAAAGGGCUAUCGUAACUACUCUCCUCAACGGAAUGAAUUCGCAUAAAAAUGAUGAUACCAUGAUGAGGAAUGGUUGUCUUACACUGUGUCAGUUCAAAAUACCACAUGAUGUUUUGUUUGAGUACAAGCGACUGGUGGGUAUCCUCCUUCAUAUUGUCUCGGAAAUGGAACAGGAAGGUUUCGUUCAACGCCUGGGCACUUACCUGCUCAACUCGCUAGCGUGUCAAGUUGACGGUCCUCAGAAACAAAUGCUUGGUGAUCUCGGAGCUGUUAAUAGGAUGUUGGUAAUUAUUGACGACCGUAUUUCUCGUAAAGUAUGUGAUGAUGUCCUUGAAGUCGCCUGGUCAACCAUGUGGAAUGUUACGGAUGAAACAGCUAUUAAUUGCCAAAGGUUCCUAGAUGGAAAAGGAAUGAACUAUUUCCUCGGCUGUCUUCAGUUGUUCCCAGAUAAAGAUGAACUGAUGCGGAAUAUGAUGGGACUACUCGGUAACGUUGCUGAGGUGAAAUACCUUCGCCCAAGAUUAAUGACUACAAGUUAUAUCGCUGUCUUCGCUGAGCUUGUCGAUUCUUCUUCUGACGGCAUUGAGGUGAGCUACAAUGCUGCUGGAGUGUUAAGCCAUAUGGCUUCAGAUGGAGAGAAGGCUUGGACCAUCGAGAAGCCAUCUCGAGAAAGCGUUCUUGAUAGGAUGGUUCAAGCUAUAGUGCGAUGGCCCCUUACUGCUGAGAGGAACAUCAAUUAUAGGUCAUUUGAACCGAUUCUGGGUCUGGCAAGAGUUUUCCACACCCCAGAAUGCCAACAUUGGGCUGUCUGGGCCCUCGCAAACCUUACUACUGUUUAUCCCAACAAGUAUUGCUCCUUGGUAGAGAGCGAGGGUGGUCUGGCGAUCUUGGAAGAGGUCUUGGCAGACCCUCGUCCUUAUCAAAAUAUCAAAGACCUGGCUAAGAUUGUCAUCGAAAAAUGUAAUGAAUAUCGAGGGGAGAUGUCCGAGCGCAGCAAAUCUCCCCAAUUGGACGGCUGAUGGCUACCAGCAUUUUACAAUCGCUGUGUAUAGCUGUGGCGUCGCGCUGUCGACUAUGCCUAUCUGUGUAUAUACAUCCCCGUGGAGGUGGAAGAUGUAGGUGGGCGCUAACCAGUUGGUGUUUUACUGGAUAAUAAUGAAACUGCAGUAUCUUUGCAGCUAAUGCAAAGAGCCAUUAAUUCGAUAAUGUUACUGAUAAUGCGGAAAUAUGAUGGAGUAAGAUGUAAAGUGAUUAAAGAUUCGACGGUAAUAAUAAAUUUGGUUAUCUGAGAUCUCGUGUUAUUGAAUUUGUAUGGUAUUAUUUCAUGUUUAAGAUCAGUAUGUAUUUUGUUCGAUUACUUCUAUACAUAUUUCUAUAAUGCAUAGAAAGAAAAAUCAGGAGUACUCAAAAAGCACAAAUGGAUUCAAGAAUAAGGAGCUUUUUGGCUGGAGUUUUUUAUGUGGUUAUAAUUUUUUAAAGCAAACCAUAUUUUGAGAUUUCAAUUAGCUUGGACUUUUUAAACCGGGGAACAAGAAAAACAACUUUAAACAGACCACACAAAGUUUAAUAUAAAAUAAUUUAAAAUUUAAAUAAUUCUAUUGAAUAUUUAAUAGUUGACCGUUGC